GCCGCAAUAGCAAAAGCCAAACCCCCUGAUUCUGAUGGCUCUGAAUGACCUUAACCUGCCCCAAGCCUUCAAUAGUUUAAUUUUUUUUUUUAGUUGGAGGGGUUAAUCCAUACUCAAAUCAUGGUACUGUACAAAGUUUUGGUCUUGGAUUGAGUUCCAAUUGGAUAUAUUGAAAAAAAACCAUAACUCUUAAAAUAAUUUUUAAGGAUAUAUAUAUAUAUAUAUAUAUAUAUAUAUAUAUAAAGACUAUAAAUAAAGAUUGAUUAUAAAUACGUGAAGUGUGAACUUAUAAAUAUAUACAAAUUGGGUUAUCCCUGCAUCUUGAUAUUGGCAAACAAACCACAUACCUUGACACCCCCACCCCAUUCUCUCCUCCUCAUUCAGUUGUCUCUAGUUUGAUCAAGUGAAUUGUUACUUGGUAUUAAUUAGUUCAGUGUUUAAUGUUGAUAUAAUAAAAUUUUAUCCAUUCAUUUCUUUUAAUACAUUUAGUUAUAUGAAUUCUUAGUUAUUUGUUUAAUGUUCCAAUAUAUAUAUAUUUUCAGUAAGUUAAAUGUUCUAUUUUUAUAUAAUGAAAAGUUUGUUUCUUUGAUGCCAUGGACUAUUUAUUACCAGUCAUAGAAAUUCUUGAUAGGGAGAAGAGGAGUCUGUGUGAUGUGUGUAUGUAUUUUUGUUCCCUUUAAAGUACACCUUUCCUAGUUGCCAUCCAUGGAGGUAGGUAGACAAAGCCUACCAAGAGCCAAGUGUCUCGCACCCGUUCACAGCACAUCCACACACAUAUGGCACCACAAUUACCCCUCCCUAAGGGACUAAAAUUCUCGUUGGCCACACUUCCGACUGGGCUCCGGCUUACAUGGUAUGAUAUUGUCCGCUUUGCAUUUAUCCCACAGGGUUUUGGUCUUGGGUUUUACCCCAAAAGGCCUCAUAUAAGUACUUCACCUUCAUUUUACCCAGGUUCGCUCAAUGUGGCAUCUCGCCCAAUGUCUAGCACCCGCUCACCACACACUCGGCCACAUAUGCUGCCAUAAACCCAACAAAUAUUAUAACUAUUCUAAACAAGUGCAAAAUUUGAAACCCCAGACACCCAUUUGCCCUUGUAAAGAUUUGAAUCAUCACUUCCCACUUUGAAAGGUAGAGAAAGUAUCACUAGAACCGUUUCACUUCCCAUUUUGAAAGGUAGAGAAAGUAUCACUAGACAAAAGUUCGUUGAAAAACAAUUAUUAGACAACAGUCCGUAGUGGAUGCAAAAUUCAUUGUUGGAGGGGUACAGUUUGCCCUAUGUUGGCUGUGCCCCCCGUUGGCCCACGCUGGCCCAUUAAAUUUUAUAUAUGUUUAGGUAUAUUAUUCGUAAAAUAUUACUUAUGCCCCCCCUGAAUUUUUUUUUUUUCUUUCUAAAACACCCUUGGGACUGAAUUGUUUUAUACAUGUAAGUGUAUAAGUUGUAAAGAAUUACUUUGUGCCCCCUCUGAAAGUAAAUCCUGGCUCCAUCCCUGACUGUAGGCUAUAUAAAGCAACACCAUAUUGGUAUUGAAACAUUAUAGAAUACGUACAUGUAACACUUUACAUGGAGACACAAUGCCUAUUACAUUAAGAGACAACGUUUAUAACCUUAUUACAUUGAGACGCACCGGCAUGACACCAAGAACGCAACACAUGCAAAUUAAAUCGACCACACACAGAUAUAACAGUGCUGCAUCUUAAUGUUAGGUGAGAAUGUACAAUACUUUAUACUUUGUCAAUGUACAUGGACAUAUCUUGCACAUUACUUAUUAUUUAUUUAUUUCCUUAUUUUUGUUCCAUUCAGUUUCCUCCUAUGUAUAAAUAUCCAAAGAGUAUUGAACAGAUUGAACUCACACACAAACAGACCUACUAUUCUCCCAAUAGGAACUUGAAUUCCUUAACCUAUCAUGUCUGAGGGGGGAGAUACGCCUAAAGGCUCAGUGGUAAAUUUGGUAGCUCUUUGAUAUAUUAAUAUAGAAUUUUUGUGUUGUAGGAUUACAGAGGGCACAAUGAUGACACAACUGUACAUUUUGAAGUCAUCUUAUCUAAGGAAAACUUGAUCAUGGCCCAGCAAGAGGAUUUGGUAAAGAAAAGUAAGCUUACUACUACGAUCAGCGCAAGUAACAUGCAUCUGUUCGGCGCAAAAGGCGUGAUCAAGAAAUAUGACACCAUUGAACAAAUUCUGGAGGAAUUCUUUCGUAUUAGACUUGAAUGCUAUGAGAAAAGGAAGGCAAGUUGGUAAAAAAUGAAAUUAAAAUGUAGACAUUUGUAUUUCCCAGUUGCUUUGUGGACAUGGUUGCUAACUAGAAAAUAAUUUUGUGAAGAAAUCUAUGUUGGACAAUCUUGAAAUGGAAUUGUUGACACUUGAAAACAAAGUUAGGUUCAUAAUUGGGGUUGUGAAAGGAGAGAUCAUUGUGAGCGGCAAGUGUGCUGAUCUGUUUGUGAAGUUGCGAGAGAAAGGCUUUACAGCUUUCCGGAAUAUAACAGAAACUCCUAAAGCAACAAUUUCUAAUGCCACUGAUGAUGCAGAAGAUUACAGAUACCUACUCUCAAUGUCAAUUGGGACCUCAUCUCUUAAGAACUUUCAGGAGCCAUGUGCUAAAAGGGAUGAGCUUAAGAAAAGGGUCGAUGAUUUGAGAAAAGCAACUCCAAAGUCUCUGGAUGAAUGAUCUGGAUGAACUUGACAGGAAAUUUGAUAAAGAAGAAAAGGGUGAUGCCCAGGGAGAGGGGGCUAGAAAGGAGAUGAAUGAAUGAAGCUGGUCUCAAGAACUCAUACAAGCGUCACAAGCACCCAAGAACCCACUGAAGAAUAAUAGCAAGGCCAGCAGUGCAAAACCUGGUGCAAAAACAUUUGAAACACCAAUUAGUUCUGCAAUGGAAACCGAUAAUGUUCCCGAGGCAGGUCCAAAGAAAGCUUUAGCUCAAAAGCAGGAAAAACCUUCUUCGGGUUUGAAAGAUGAAGAUGACAAUGAUGAAAUCCUUCAGCUGAAAGAAAGACUCGAGUCCUCUCCAGAUCAAAGCGAAGUCAUGGAAACUGAAGUGCCCCAAGUUCAAGCUGAUGUUGUUGCUAAGAAGAAGCAUUUGUCCGCAUCCUACUAUUCUGCCACAGAGAUUUCUAGCGACGAAGACUUUGAGGUAGAGGUAGCCACAACAGCAGAGAAAAUAAAAAGAAGGGUGGGAGAAAGCCAGCAAAUGCCAAAUCAGCCAAACCCCCAAUAGCAAAAAGGAAAAGAGGGUCGGUUAAUAAUCAGUCUCAGAUGACCGAAGCUUUGAAGCUCUUCGAGAAUUCAGGGAUGUCUCCUAAGAAGAGAGUGAGGAAGAUGAGGGCAUCCCCAUUUAAUAAGAAAAGUGGCUAUUCAUUGUGAAGAAUAGGCAAGGAAGAUGAUAAGAUUUCAAUAGUGAGUGAAGAAAAAGUUGGCUCUCCUACUUCAGACAACACUGAUGAAGUGAAUGAUAUAUAUAUUCCGUAUAUCAACGUUAAAUGUAUAUCAACUUUAUGAACUUGUACGUUGGUUUAUAAGUCAAAUUGAACUCAAUAGUUUGGAAUAGAA